ACUGUUUAGAAGGAUGGACUAUAUUGAAUCAAUUACAAAGCACAGUGUUUGAGCUCUAUUACAGUUGAAUUUAGGAGGGAGGUCAACUAACUGCAGGACGCUCUCAGGAUAAAUACUUUUAUUAUUUUUAUUUUAUUUUUUCUCAAUAUAAUUUUUUUUAAUUGAUAUUUAACACAUACUGAAAAGGUAAGGGUGGUUAUAAUAUAUCUAUACAGACACAUAAUUAUGUAGAUAUUAUUUUUAUUAUUAUUAUUUUUAUUUUAUUUUUUUAAUUUAAUUUAGGAACAAAACACAAUUUUCUCUAGAGAUAUUUGGUGUUUUCCAGUUUCUUUCAGGGUUGGGACAGGAUAGUAAUUUUGUAAUUUUGAUGAGAUUGUUAUGUUGUUGAUUGAUCUGUAGGGGUAAUUACUUUGUAUCUUGUGUAGGCAGAAUUUUCCCUGCAGAAUGCGUUUUAACUUGGUAAGCGUUGUCUAUAUCAAUGAUACACGCUGAUAAACUCCAGAUAAGUCGUUUUAAAAAGGAAUAGGGAAUUGGCAACCACCUGGGAGAAGCUCUUGGAUGGGUUUCUAGACCUUUUAUUUGGCUCUGGAUGAAGUUUACACAGUCAUUGCUGGUGCUGAUGGAGGUCUCACUUCAGAUCUAAGCAAGGAGAACAUCUCCUGAGGAUGUGGAGAUAGCUCCAGUUCCCUGCUAAUUCUUGGCUUUUGGUACACUGGAUAUAUGCACAUUCAGGAUUUCAUUCUUGGAGCUAAGUCGAUUUCAUGCUGGAAGUUAAAGUUUCAGGAAGGACUGUAUCUGCCCAGGGCUCUGUGGAUGGUUCCUUUUUCUCUGGGGCACAUGCGAUUUCCCACUAAUGACAACCACAUUGUGAAUUGAACAGUCUCUCCCUCUCUCCAACAUUCCUGGAACCUGGUCUUCUGGAAUUCAGAGCUGGACUCGAGGCUCUCUCUCAGGAUUUGGGGGAUUGCUUUCUUGUUGAGGCGAAGCUCUUUUCCAACUUGUAUGAUCUUCAGAUGAUUCAUACAACAGGAAGGGCAGCCAACACUCUAUUUGGGACAAUCUAAAUAAUCUUCUAACCUUGAGGUGUUUGGGUGUACUUUUAAGACUCAUAGAGGAACAGAAAGAGGUAAGUGGGGACUUUUAAAAUAUCACGCUAUACAUUGUUAUUUUCAUUAUUUUGUUUCUCGAUUUUGUUUAUGUUUUGUUACAAAUAUGUGUUGUUAUAUUUAAUGUUUUGUGUGUGCUGGUCGUAUACUUUCUUAAGGAGAUAUAUCCUCACGGUGAUUCAAUUUCCUCUGUCCAUGGCAGUGUUGCUUUUCCUAUUUAGCUUUUAUAGCCUGAUUUAUUCAUCACUUUUAUAGCUUGGUGUUUGUUCUUUAUGCGUUCUUGUCACACCUAAUUCCCUCUUUCUCUAAACCACAUGUUUGCAUCCUAUUGCCAUGUCAAUUGUCUUUUAACAAUUAGUGGAAGUCAAAGGACAGUGGAAGGGGGGUAUAACUGUUAGUCUCUUUGCAUCCCAGCUCCCCCGUGGUGAUCCCCAGGCAGCAAGGCUGCUAAAUCGCUUUAUCGUCCUACCAGAUUCAAGUAUUUGGUAGAAAGUCCUAGGAAAUCCAGUGUUCUAUUGAACCUUGGUAGAAACCCCAAGAAAACCAGGGUUCGUCUAUAGAACCUUGGUAGAAACCCCAAGAAAACCAGGGUUCGUCUAUAGAACCUUGGUAGAAACUGCAACCAAUCUAGUAUUCUUCUCUAUAAAACCUUGACAGCAACACCAAUAGGUCCAGUUUUCUUAUCUAGGACCUUGGUAGAAUCUCGUAGGGAGUCCAGUGUUCGUGCAGAUCAGUAACUUGCGAACCUAGCUAAAAUAAGCAGGAUUCGUAAAAAAAGAGAUUCUCCUGAGAAGUUUUACCCAUUGAUCAAACCUCCAGGCUUAUCCCCAACUUGGCUGAGUGAUAACCUGUGUAAAUGGGCCAGGCUUUUUGGCUCCUCUGAGCCCCGCUGAACAUUUUUGGAUGUGCUUGCUGUAGGUCAGGAUCCAACGAAAUUUACUGAACAAGCCAUUAGGUUGUAAGUAUGCAAACUAACACACACACUUUCCCCAUCAGUUUAUAAUGAUAACAUUUUUCCAUAGUCUUGUUCUUGUGUAUUGUUACAGUCUUUUACUUGUGACACUAAGGAUUGUGUUUAUCUCUAAGCUACAAAGUCAUAUCUGAUAUAGCCAUGCAUGGGAUUGUGUUUAAAUCUGCUGAGUUUUGGGAUUGAUGGUACAUCACCCUUAGCUAUUUUUAUUACACCAUUGCACCUCUUCUAUUGGCUAACUCUGCAUCAUCUUUAGGAUACACCAAGACUGGCAAUAAGAAGCUGAUAAGAUAAGGCUCUUUCAGGAGACAUUAAAAGGUUUCAGUUAGACAUAGAACAUCUGCUGAUGAAAUCAAGGUUCCCAGAAUCCUGGAGCACAGCAGGGCAAUCUGUCACUGGCUUUGUCAGGCAUUUGGACAUUUAGUUAAGGCAUGUGUCCCUUCACACCUUUCAUUCCAGCCCUAACAUUCUCCCAGACAUGGCAUGAUAACUUUCAUUCACAUUCCUGCAGGCUCUGUAAGAUGUCACAUGAAGAGGUCUCUCCCCCCUACCUAUCAUCAGUAUUUUAAAAAUAAAAAAACCUUUUCACUUUUAUAAGUAUGGUAACAAAAAAACUUAAAACUUUUAAACACCAUUAGUCACUAUAUAUUUGCUGCUGCUGUUGAUCCAAACAAAAGGAAAACAUUCACAGCCACAUAGGAUUGUGACAACUUGUGCAUUGUCCUGCCCUUUGUAAUAUGUUUGAGCUCUCCAGGACUUGCAAUAUAUGUUGGUUAAAGAAAACCAGUCUUGUUUUGCAGAGAUGUUGUGAAUGGUCUGUUUGUGACUGAUGGCUCUUCAUAUGUGUAUUUAGAAGGUGAAGCUGGAUGUCUGCCAUUCAUUAUUUAGUAGUAGACCUCAAGUUGCACUGCACUAUGGUAUAUGUUAGAACUUGAUAAGAAAGUACCAACCGCAGCAAUGUGUUUAUAUAACAUUCUAGCCUUGUUUUUUUGGGAACAUUCAAACUCUUGUGCAAUCAGAGGUUCCAAUUCUUUCCUAGACUUCUACAGAGACAUUUGUAUUCAGUAUUUCAGACAUAAAUCUAUCUGGGGCGUAUGUGGGUGUGGAGGGAACUGUUAGUUCACUACGUAAACAAAGUGAUCAUAUGAAAGCUGGCUGUGCAGAUUGCCACAUACUGAUAGGACAGGAGACGCCAGAUCACCCUUCUCAAAAACAUUAUGUAAAGGGUCCAGUUUAUUACCUCCCUCUUCCAGAUGUGCCCGUGGGAGGGGAAAGCCCAUUAUUCAUUUCCCAGAAGCCUGCCAGAUGCAGGGACACUGGAUUUGUGCAUUGCUAUAUCAUGCACACUAAUGGAAAAAGAAUUCUGUUUAAAGAUGUGGACACUUCAUUUGGCAAGUUAUGAAAGACUGAAUACUCUUUACAGAACCGCUGGACUAAAACUCCCAUCAUCCACAGCCUGUCUGAGGAUAAUGCGAAUUAUAGUCUAUAGAAAUGGAAUAAAAUUGCAUGUGAGGAUUCUUGCCUCUGGAUUUAGUGUGGCUCCCAGUUUAGGGUCAGAAUAAAAUGUGUUUAAUUCCAAUUUGUGUGCAGUGAUAGAAUUAGUGUAGUACCCCAUAGGCAGUGGGUUACAACUCCAAUGAUGCUAUGCCAGCCAAAUGAAUGCAAAUCCUGUGUGUUUUAACCGAAAUUUAGAAGAAUAAAUAUGGCACCUAAGUACAAAAGCUGAAAAAAAUACACAAUUUUCACUAUUUAAAGAACACAAUUAUCCAACAAGGCAAUCAUAAUUUUUGAUUUUAUAUUCUUUUGAUUUUUUUUUUUUAAUAGAGUUGGAUCUACUUUUUUUUUUCCACCGAUCCCAGUUUAAAUAUAAUGUAUGAAAGGGGACACUUCUAAAUACAUACAUCUAUCUAUCUAUCCAAUGUGUGGAGACAAGUUGGCACCAUUUGUGAUAUACAGUUAUUCAGUAGUUUCUGAUAGUCCUAAAGAAAAACAAAUUACUCAGUGGUUGUGUGGGCAGCUUGACAUAAUGAUAAGAAUAGGCAGAUCCCUAUGGGUGGUGCCUUAAGGAUGUCAAGGAUAACAGUGGAGCCACAUCAGACAUAUUCUGCAGGGAGAAUCGUCUCAUUAGAUUUGUACUUGUAAAUCCCAAACUAGAUUUGGAAGGAUGUUGCUGCCCUCUAGUGGUGGUGUAUUUUGUCACAUUACAUAGAGAGGUUAGUUUAUGUAGACUAAUUAAUACUAGAUUAAGAAUGACCCUUUUCGGGUUUACAUAAACUUUUUUUUUUAAGUAUUUCCAAAAUAAAUUUUCCAGAUUUUUGUAAAAAACGAAUAAGUUAAACAGUGCACUCCUAAUAUAUUUUACCAGUGCUUCCUAAGAAAGGAAGGGGAACAUUUCAAAAUCAUAAUUCAGUAUUGAUUUAGAUUUUUUUAAUGCACGUGGAUCAGAAACAUCAUAUUUUUUUUUAAAAAUACUUAAAAUAAAGUUAAAAAAACUAAGCUUAUUUUGCAGAUGUGUGUUUGAUGUAUUUUAUUUAACGCUAUUAGAUGCACCUUCUAUUUUGUGUUUAUUUCUAAAAAUAAUCUAAAAUAGUUCAGUGUUUCAGAAAUAAACAAAAAAAAAAAAAUAAAUAGAGAUUUUUUUCUAUUUAGCUCUUCAUUCCCCUUUGGUAUUUCUCAUAUUUUUUAUGAAGAUCAGAUACUUACAAUAAAAAAAAAAAAUGCUUAAAACCUCUGUAUGUAUUAGUACAAAAAACAAUGUGUAGACAUGCAAAACCUAUUCACAGAAAAUAGACAACUAUUGUUCUACAGAAGGGCUACACAGCCCAGCAAUUUUUAGAGUUUGGGGUAAAAUAAUAGUUUUUUUUCUGGGCUUAAUGUGAAUUUAUUUUUGGUAGAAACUGUAUUCCUCCUGAUGUAACAUCUUGACUUGAAACAUUACAUUUCUAUUUGCAUGUUUUUUUGUGUGCAGAUAUUUAUACAGAUGAGAUUAUACAUAACUGUAGUUCUGAAUAUUAUUAUCAUGCCUUGAUUGUGAAACCCUGUGAUUCACAGUUUACACAACCAUGUGUUUCUGCAGUCGUUGUGCAGUAUUCCAGCUCAGACGUGGCAGUACUUUCUUUGUUAGUUACUUUUGCAGAGCUUAGAGCUCACCGGUUGGCAAAAUGUAAAUUGCAAUCGAACUACCAGCUACUAACUCAACAAAAACUAUUUUUAAAUUGGACAAAUGUUUGUUUGUUUUCCAGCAAAAACAUCAUUAGGAUAAAUGCCUUUUGUAAUUUUAUUGCAAUAUGUUAACUGAGCCAAUGCCUGCUUCACAAUGUAUAGACCCCCUGUUUUGCACAGCAGUGUUUAUGUACAAGACUUGCUAAAAGGAUCACUAUUUAAAUCCCCUAUCUUACAUUUUCCUAUAUGCAAUAAUGAAUAAAGUCCUUUAUAUUUUGGGAUAUGAAAAAUUUAGUCCAAGAAUGACUCUGCUUAGCUGCCAUGCAGCAGUGACUAAUUUAGGGAGUGACUAUUUCUAUCAAUUUAAUUUCUCAUAUAAUAUUUUAAUAUAUUUCUGGUUAAUAAUUCCUGUACCAGAAUUCUUUGUGAAAAGUGGUUAUGGUGUCUACUGACUCCAGAUUCCCAAGGUUCUGUUGCCCAAUAAAAUAUGUUUAGUGCGUUAAUUCUUCAACCAAGGGAGUUGAAGGAUUACACAUUGCUAAUACAGAUGUUACCAUAUACCUGGAGUAUCCCAUAUUAAAUGUAAAAUUCUAUCACAUUCUAUUCAUCCUCCCUGGAGUGACCUGGGUUGGAAGUAACUUUAAAGAUAAAAGCAUCUCUCUGGAUUUAAUCUUUUGUUUAGCUGAAUUAGUCAGAGCAGAAGGACAGUCUUAAGAACAUUUUCUCCUUAAUUUAUCUUGAAAGGUAAAACUACUAAUACAAGAGAUAACAACUAAUUGACCCAUCCAGUGUGUUCACUCUGAAACCUCAUGCGUAAACAGACAGGCAAUGAAAAAAUGCCAUUUCAUUCUGGCAUAUUUGUUUUAGUUUAAUUUAGCAGGAUAAUUUGUUUGUAGUUGUCCAGUGCCAAAUAAUGUAAUUACUGAUUAGCACAGGAGAUAAUUGAAAUUUAAAAUACAGAGCACUGAAUCAAAUAACUAGCUUAGGGAAGGAGAUAACAAAUUACUAAACGUCUUCAACUAACAGAAAGACAUCUAUUAUGUGGGAAAAUUGGAUUACAAUCCGCAUAAAUUCUGAUUUCUUUUACAAUCGGUCAUUUGUUUCAUUUACUUGUAAAGCAUUUGUCAAAUAAAAAAAGAUGAGAUUAUAUUGCAUUUUUGAUAUUUUAGUGAUUUCUUUAUUACACAAGUAUUUUAAGUUCCAAAUUAAAUGAUUUUCAAAUGCUUUUCUUAACUGUCUUGUUCAAUUAUUUUGAGUGAAAUAUAGUCCAUGCAUAUUGCAGGGCAACUGUCAAAUCAAUGUAGGUUUUGUUGCCCCUUUGUUUUAGCUAGAGGUGUGUAAUAAUCCUCUAGAAUGUAAUCUCAUUGAGCAGGGCCCUCCACCUCUCUGUUCCUGUAUGUCCAGUUGUCUGGUUACAAUUACGUGUCUGUUAGUCCACCCAUUGUACAGCGCUACGGAAUCUGGUGGCGCUAUAUAAAUAAUAAAAUAAUAAUAAUAAUAAUAAUAGUGAGGUUUAAUUCAGGCGAGGAAAGUUAUACUCAAGAGAGCUUACAGUCUAAAGGUGAUACUGACUGCAAAUUGAAGUGUUGAUAUUCUAUAUAAAUUAGGUAGAGUAGGAGUGUCCAACUGUAACUUCUUACAUAUGUACUUUCAAGCCAUUUCCCUUAACGCCUUGCAGGCCUGUGUCUGAGCUGGGGGAGCACAGUUUGACACCUCUAUAGAAUAAAAAUGUACAAUUUCUUUACUUAUUUCAAUGAUCAUUAGCUGAUUAAUGUCUGUAUAUUAGUAACAGACAAGUGCUCUCAUAGAUGUUUUUUUUAUGAGUGAGCAUGCAUACAAACAUUUUAUAUUGCUAAUUAAAAAGUAGUUUGUUAUAGUUUAGUUUUUUUAUUCUGCUUGGUACACAAAAGCUAGGAUGCACAGUUAUUUAUGAAAAUAUAAGCACUGUACAUAUAUCAGUAUAGAUAAUAAAACAGAUACCGAGAUUAAAAGUUAGAAUUGAGAGUCUCAUGUUAUUCCUGCCCAGAAUCCCUAGCUGCAGUGUAUGUAGUACCAAUCUGCUGCCUUAUCUUGGGUGUGGAGUUAGCAAAACAAUACAUUGCUGAUAAAACUUUCUGCUUCAUUUUUUAGUUGCCAAAAUGCCAUGGCAUAUGCUCUGUGGAAUAUGUUGGAGUUUUAUAUAAUAUAAUAUCCAAUGUACUGAGUCCAUUUUAUCCUGUUUUCUAUAUGACAAUGGUUGAUUAAUGUGGCCCUAUACCACCACGACAUAAUUUGCAGCAGUAAAGUUGGAAUAUGAAGAGCUCUAACGACCUCUAGUGGUGCUUUGUACACUUAUCACUUAACUUAUUUGACUCGGAUAAAUGUUGGGUAUAGGCAAGCCUUGCUUAGUAGACAACUGUAUGUCUUGCUUUUUGCAUGGUUUUGUUGUUUGCAUGUCCCAAAGUGAAAUUUCAAUAAGAUCUAUUUUUAAAAUAUUUGUGUCAAUCACUUGCUCCAGGAUGAAGUUUUCAUAUGGUACAGGUCUACGAACAGACUACAUGUCUUUUCGUCCAUCCACUGUAAAGCACUGCGAAAUUUGAUGGCGCUAUAUAAAUAAUAACAUGAUAACAUAAUAAUAAUACGGAAUUUGCUGUUGCUAUAUAAAUAAUAAUAUAGGAUAUAUAAAAACACAGGUUAAAGCUCAGUACAGAUCCUGCUAUACACAAUCUUUAAGAAGCAAUAUGGAUAACACAAAGAUAUCUGCAUUCAAUAAACAAUUUAAUUCUGUCUGUCAGCCUGAUGUGUCUGAUGCUAUGGGCCAAUAAGUGACACACAUAGAAACUAUUUGUAAUCAAUAGAUGGGGCAGAUUUAUUACUGGAUCAAGUGCUAUUGUAGAAUUUUCAUUAGUAUUUAGAAAUGAAUAGUACUGGUGUAAACAUUAAUUAUAUUUUUCACAUUUAUUGGGCAGAUUUAGAUAUAUAUAUAUAUGUUGUCACAAAGGUCUGUAAUGCUGGCAACACAGCCAUUUUAAGUGUAAUUGUUAAAUUUUUAUCAUCCAGUUUAUAUUAACUUCUACAAAAUGAGUAACAUUUUUAAAUGCAAAGCAUUAACCAUAACAUGUCUGACACCACUAGUAAAGCAGUCUCAAUCCAUUUUCAAUCAACCAAUUAUAGUUCAAUGUUCAAUCAAUGUAUAUAUAGAGGGAUUUCUACAACAAUUGUAUCCAUCUACCCCCACCCACCAUCACUUCACAGAUAAUGAGUUGCAUCAUUGCAUCUUUAAGACAUGACCCCCACAGGGUAGAAUGUGAUAAAGAUUUAAACAUGGAAUCUCUUUGAAGUCUCUGAGACUAGAUUCAUUAAAGGGCAAAUAUCUUGCCAUAUGGCAGCAAUUAUCUGUAUUUUCGAAACUUUUCCCCAGUUCGUGAAGGGUUCUAAUCCCCUCUGGCAGCUAAAUGGUUAACAGGCUUUUUGAGACAUUCAAAAAAUAUUUUUCAUGUGGUGGAAAGUUACACCCAUCUUCAUCCAAGCAAUUGGCCAAAGUUAACUAAUUAUAUUCUUUGUUUUCUGUGUACAUGUCUCUGUUUAAUGUUCCAGCUCUCUCUAGCUCCCUAGUCAUCUCUUAGCUCUCCCUUACAUGGUCUCAUCUUCAGUAGUGCGCCUGCUAUGAUAACUUUACCUUUCUAUUAAAUAUUGCUGUUAUUAUGAAACAUAUCAGCUACUGCGUUAGCUCUAAGCACACAGUGUGCACAUGGUUAAAAGAUCAAGAUACUAAUAGACUCCAACCAUGUCACUUACUCCUGACCCACUAUUAGCUCUCAGCACACAGUGUACACUGGCUUAAAGCAGCAGGAUACUAACAGACUCAUUACGUAUGCAGCUGGCGAUACAAGUAAUCUGCAGUGGUAAUUUUUAGCCAAACAAAGUAGCAGACAUGGUUAACAGAAGCAGCCAUCAUUACAAAUGAAACCAGAUUGAAAUCAGAAACAGUUCAGUCCUCAGAGUCACAGCCCCAGUCCUGCAGUUUGAAGCUUCACAGCUUUUCAGUUUGCCAUAGUAUGAAUGUCUCAGGUCUCAGCUGUAGAGUGACUGAGCACUUUAAAGAAGAUGAAGGGUAUGUGCAGUAGGAGCUAUUAAAACAAUUAGUGACAGGCGGCAUAGUGCUGCUAUGGACAAGCCUCCACUGUCCCUUAGACUGUGAGCUCAGUUGAACAUGGCUCCCCAACACCAUUUGUUCCUGUACAUCCGACUUGUUUUGUUGCAGCUACUUUAUUGUGAGUCCACCUAUUGUACAGGGCUGAAGAAUAUGUUAAUAUAAAAAUGACAAUAACAAUAAAUGGACAAUAAUUACAUUACAUGUAUGGCAGAGUGAAUUCAUUAGAGAUGUUACUUUCUGGGACAAAGUACUAAUAUUGGUGCAGAGAAGUUACAUUCCUCUGGUUUCCAUGGUGAUUGCACUGCAAUUACUUUAAUUUUGUAACGUGUACUUUAUGCAAACUCUCUUUAAAGGUUUUAAACACUUAUUUUUGGCCCAUGUUUUUGGUGGUCAUUUUCAGCUCAGAUAUAUGUGUAUAUUACAAAUACAUGAUGAUGUGCAUUAGAUUAAUUGAUCUUUUGCUGGCUUUUAAGAGCAACUGCUGUUAUGACAGCAACAUCCUUUGUUUACCAUGAUGUGUCUAUCAUCUUAGUUUAAUGGCAACUGCGGAGACAGCAUGCUCUACCAAACCAUCUUUAGUUCAAGAGAUGGUGAAAUGUAGCAUACUGCUCCAUUACUGUCUACAUUGGACAUUGUAAGGUUUUAUUCUUUGUAUGAAGACCAGUGUUCAGAUAUAAAGCACUCUAGCAUGGGAUUGCCCAGAUACUAAAAAUCUAAAUAUAUUUAUUUUUUACACACAUGUUUUUAUUCUUAUAGAAAAACAACAUCAUUUAUAAGUUAUUUUGUAAAAAAUCAUUGGUUGAUAUGUAAUAUAUUUGUAUUCAUCUUGAUUGAGCUGUGUAAUGUUUGUAAAGGAACCUAAGAGCUCAGUGCUGAAUAGAACAUAAACUACAAAUGUCCCUAUUUAACUAUAUAUUUAGCAUAUGGUUUUUGCUUUAAAAUGUGUCAAUGAAUGCUUUUAGUUCAAUUGUAAUAACCAAACGCCUAGAUAUUUUUUCAUCAUGAAUAUUUCUUUAAUUAAAUACAAUGUUACAGUUUCUCAGUUGAUUUUUGUGCUGUGCUUUGAAAAAAUAAUUCCUAUUUUUCUAACUUAUUAACAUUAUUUUGCUAUAGGAAUCUGGAACAAAAGUGUGUUUUUGUACAGAGCCAUCUAUUAUGUGAUAUUAUACUGUCUAGACAGAAAGACAGUGUAGGUAGUUAACAAUUACACCACAACCUUUUGGCCUUUUUUGUUAAUAUUGUCAGGUUCCCAGCCAGUUCUUUACUGCGAGCGGUGGCUUUUGGGUAACUGCGCGCCGCUCACUGCAGCUUUGGUGUCCCGUGUCCAGCUCGUGGCGGCUUCACCCUCCUCCUCACUGCUCACGGCAGCUUCCGCUCGCACUUCUCCCCUCACCAUAUUUAAAUAGGCGCCCGAGUCAGCCACAUGACUCGGCACACAAUAAUGAUGUCACACCUCACAGUGGAAGGACUAAAUACCUUCCACGUGUUGUAAUCAAUUCUAUUUGGAAGUUAGCCAAUCAGAAUUGCCCUAAGCAUUUAUAAACUUACCUCUCCUAUGUCUCCUUGCCCUGUUGUGGUCUUUAUUAUCCCAAUAGCGCGUUACAUUGUGUCUGGAUUAUUUGGUUACCAAACUUUGUCUUGUUUUACGUUUACUCUGUUUUCUCUGAUUCUUGACCUCAGCUUGUCUCUUUGUAUUCCGUCUUUCUCUUAUCCUUGACCUCAGCUUGUAUUCUUACUAUUCGAUCUCUUUGCAUAGCCCUGCCAUUCUAAGGACCGGUAUUGCAAUUCUGUGUGUCUGUGACCUGUCUGCGUGUAUAGGUUCCCCUGACAACCAUGACAAAUAUGCUUUGAAAGUGCAGCCAUUUUCUGUAGAUAUUGACUCCAUUUUGUGCCAGAGAUGUUAAAAUAUUAUCCAGCAAAAUGUAAUGUUGUUACAAAGGUGUGACAGAUACUUUAUCAUUAAUAUUAGGAAGAAAACUUACUAUUACUUUUUAUCAUGGAGUUAGGCUUUGAUGAUUAUUUUUUUCAGAAUAAUUUGCAAGUUUACUAUGGGCUCUGUUUAGUUAUUCACUGGGCCUGGAGUUUGACCGGAGUUUAUCCAAAUUCACAAUUCUGAAUUAAUUCUGAAUAUAACAGAGCAAAUGACAGGAGCAUCAAUCAAGGCUUUCACUAAAGUGUGAUUUGUCAGAAAUUCAAGCUGUAUACAAAGCGGAUUUAAACAUCUAGGUAGAAAAAAAAAAUGAACUAAAAAUAAUCUCCAAGUCAGUUAUGCUUUCAGUUUGGCUAUUUGUCUUAAAAUUUGAAAUACACAUUGAAUUUCUUACGGUUUACACUUUAGAGAAUAACAUUCCAAAAAAUGUUUUUCUUAAAAUGAUUAGCAUUUUCAACAACCAACGGGCCCUGUGCAUGCUUUUUUUUUUAACUUAAUUAACAAUGGAAAGGUAAAGCAGAAUCUUGGAAUCAGUGAUUUCUUAAUAUCCUGUAGAAACACAGAACAAUUAAAAUGCUACAGUAAAAAAAAAUAAUUUAUAAUCUUUUUUCUUUUCUUUUUCCAGUUUUCAGCCACCAUGGAACAUGUCAUAAGGACAUCCCUUAUUUUGGGAUGUCUUCUAAUGAUUGGUAAGAACAUUCAUUAUUUUAAUCAUUCUUUCCAUAGGCUUUUUUGCAUUUUUUACAUAUAUGUUCAUAUGCACGAUUCAGAUGGCAACAGUCAUGCUAAAGCCUCCGAGACUUACUGUGACAAAAUCAUGGUGCUGUUUUAUGAAUGACCUUAUACCCAAUUGUACAGCUCUACGGAAUCUGAUGAAGCUAUAUAAAUAAUAAAAUUAUAAUAAUACCGUUUUACACGACUUUCCUUGCUUUCUGCUACUCUGUAUUUAUCAAUAUCUUAUAUUUAUCUUCUUUUUGUAUCUUUUUUUCAAAUAAUUAUUUUACAUCUUUCUUUCUGUCAGUGACUAUAUCCUGUAUCUAGUCUCUAAAGACAGAUUUUGAGCUUUGUUAUUUUUUUUUCUGCUGUACAGGUCCAUGGUCCAUCAGCAGUGAACACCCGUUACCAUCAAUAUUCCCAGAAAAAGAAGACAUGGUCGAACAGUUGUAUUCUUCCUUUAUGCUCAAGUGCUCUAGCGAAAGUGAGCUGAGCUGGGACUACCCAGAGUCUGAAGAUGAUAGUGGCAAUGUAGAUAUUUGGAGUGAAGAAAACAACAGUGGCUUGUUUGUCUCUGUACUUAAAGUCCACAAUGCUUCUGGUAUAAACACAGGACUAUAUACAUGCUACCACAACCACACUCAGAUAGAGGACUACGAUAUUGAAGGCACCAGUAUAUAUGUCUAUGUUCCAGGUCUGUAUACUACUGCUCUACUAAACAUUUUUACGCCUCAUUAAUGAGCGUUUUAUAUGAGAAUCAGCUGAGAUUCACCCCUCCAGCUUCUUUAGGCUUGGUAUCCGUUUGUUAUAGACCUAUAUUGUCUUAGCACUGAAGGAUACAUUUUAGACAUGCUUUGGGAAACUCACAAAAUCCCAGAUUUUUAGACAAUUAAUUAUAUUAUUUUGUUUCUGCAGAAAGGAAGUGGUAAUGAGUCAUUAAUCUAUAAAAUGAUGCUUUGGUUACAGCAAUGUUAGAUAUAUCAUGUAACUGGUAACCAAUACUUUCUUUGUGAUUGUACAGAUCCAUCGAUGGCCUUUGUCCCCUCCAUGAUGCUAGAGCAUAUAAUUGUGGUAGAGGAAAGAGAUUCAGCAAUUGUCCCAUGCCGCACCACUGACCCCACCAGCCAAGUGACUCUAAGAAAUCAGGAAACCCUCAGGACAGUCAACGCCUUUUAUGACAGCAAGCAAGGGUUUGUGGGAAACUUAACAGGAGUAUACACCUGUGAAACAAAAGUCAGUGGCGUGACGUUUACAACUGAGCCCUUCAUCGUGCAGAGAUGGAAAGGUACUUGGAAUAUGUGUUGUAACAUUACAGCUCACUUACCCGUGGUGUUAUAUGGUCCUCCAAACAUUGGAAUCACGUCUCAAAAUUUUAUUUUGUCACUAGCUAUUGGCAAGUGAAAAUUCAGCUCAGGCAAGUAAAAAUUCACCCCUGGUGACACAGUUUCUCCGGGCUUUUAAUGGCUAAUAACGUGUGAUGGCUUUUUUAAAGCUCUGAUUGGAAUGAAACGUUGCAGACCUACACUACUAGAAUGAUAGGCCAUUCACUUAAACUGUCUUGUGGAUACAUAGAAACAUAGAAUGUGACGGCAGAUAAGAACCAUUCGGCCCAUCUAGUCUGCCCAAUUUUCUAAAUACUUUCUUUAGUCCCAGCCUGAUCUUAUAGUUAGGAUAGCCUUAUGCCCAUCCCACGCAUGCUUAAACUCCUUUAAAUAAGAGGCACUAUGCUAGAGAAUUUAUGUUCUCCAUGAAAUAACAAAAUGGGUGGAGUGCAGUGAAAGACAAAUGGCUGUUACUAUUACUUGAGUCUAAACUGCGGACUAGAAUCUACUUUGAGAAAUUAAAGUGCAUAACUCUCUAGACUAAUUAAUCUCUUCAUUUAAAACAGUGUGUCUAAAAUGUUACCAGCCAUCAUUCUUGUUAAAUGCUUUCAUAAUGUUUAGAAAUACAAUGUUUAAAUAUAACUUUUUUCAAUCUAUAGAUAUAUUUCAGCAUUUUAGAAAUGGCUUUCUCAUAACAAGGGAUUAUAGCCCUUCUAAACAGAUACAGAAACAUUUGGACUAUUAAUUCAUUUAACAUGGACACUGAGCCUUAACUUAAUAGCUUUCAUGGAAUUAUGGAAAUUCACUCAAUGUAUUCCUGAUUUAGUUAUUGCGUAUUAUAGUUGACAUAUUUUACCAUAAUCUGUAUGUAAUGUAUUCUUGUUUUAGCUAUUCAAGACUUUCGUGUCGAGAUGAAUGCUCCAAAAACCGUUUUCAGAUCUGGAGAAACCAUCACAGUUUCAUGUAAUAUAUUAGACAUUGAGGUGGUUAACUUGCAAUGGACUUACCCUGGAGUACAGGUAAAUAACACUUCAUUUCUUGGUUCCCAUAUUUCCUUUUAACCUUUACCUUUAUAUUAAUAUAAUAUGUAAUAAUAUAAAUACUUAGUAAGCUCUUUGGGUCAGAAAUUAGUUAUUCAUUGCCUAUUCUUCCCAAAGAAUUUUACUGGAUAAAUGAUAUUCUGUUUUGGGCCAAGAACAAGAAUUUACUUGUCCCAAUAUUUGUGUAUUGUGUAGAACACUUAACCUAGCAUAUAAAUGACCUUCAGCUAUGCGCAACUUACAUUAAUGAAAUUCCAUUAUUAAAAUGUAACUGUCACCGUGUGAAUGUAAAAUAUGUAAAUCAAACAUCUUUUUCUGCAGGCUACAUAUUAUAACGUCUCACUUGUAAUAGAUGGUAUAUACCGUAGGUGGACUGUGUUUUAUGAAAACACACCUAGUGAUAACAAACAGAAGAUAUAUGAGAACACUGAGAAUGGGCAAGAACUUAAUUGUUUGCCAUUUGGGUCACACUCAGGUCUCAAAAAUUUACCGGCAUUUCUGAUAUGAAUCACCCUUUGGAGCAGUCAGAUGUGUGUCCGACUUGGAUUUCCUCUGUAAUAGCACACAUGAGCAAAAUCCUAAUUGAGACCCAAGCAGGGAGUAACUGAAGUUUUUGCCAACUCUUAGUGCUCUCAUAUCUUACAUUUCUUUUUGUUUCAAUGCAUUUGCUUAUGGUCUGAAUACAUGCAGAAUAUUCACUUAGAAUUCUCAUACAACAGUAACUAAUCAAACCUUUUCAGGCUACUUUUAAACCAUUUUAAUAAACUGGAACAGGUUUUUGAAAUGAAACCAAUGAAAAAAAGGAAUUUUUAACUUUAAUAAACCCCCCCACCCACCUUUUUAUGUACCUUGUCAUUCUUCAAAAAUGUGAUCAUUUAUAAAAUGCUUUCUGUUUUAUCUUGCUAAUUACAGAGAGGGGCUGGUUUUACAAAGGUUGUAGAAACCAAGAAGCCAUAUCAGAAACUGGAAUACACGCUAUCUAUCCCCAACGCUACAGUGGAGGACACCGGGGAGUAUGUGUGCGCGGUUAACCAUGCAACACAAGAUACCAAAGAAAUGAAGAAGGUUACUAUGACUGUGCAUGGUAAGAAAGACUUGAUCAUUGUAAGAUAGAAUGCAAAGGAAUUUUGAGCAUCGAGAAUUAAAGCUUGUCUCAGACAAAGUCAUCUCUGACACUACUGAUGUUGUUAAAGAUGAAAUGUCACUCAGAGAAGUGACAGUCACACAGAGAAGUGACCAUACUUGGUUCCUUCAUCCCAGUAAACAGCAUUUUAGUAUUUACUGUCUGAAUAGAGCAGCAAUAGAGCUUCAUUUUUGUGUUGCAGUGUCAUUGUAACCCUCUAUGUCUCAGGUGCAAACAUGCAUGUUCGGGAAUCAAAAGGAGAUAUUCCAUAUGGGCCCAUAUGCUAUGAUUUUUCUAUAGCAGUGCCAUAUACACGUGUUCUUUGUGUACUGAACUAUUAUUAUUAUUGCCAUUUAUAUAGUGCCAACAGAUUCCGUAGCACUUUACAAAAUUACAAGAAUUAACUAAUUUGCUGACCUUGGCCUUGACCUUGGCCAACAAAGUAUGUAAGUUAAAAUAAAAAGAAAGAGAAAUGGAAAAAUACAUUCUAGCACAACCAAUAUUUACUUUUGGUUAACUAUUUGGUUGUGAUAAAACUGAAGAAGUAGUUCCUCUUUAAACCUAAUGAUAUUGAGUUAAGAAUCAUAGAAUCAGGAGACAAUAAGUCAGAAAUACAUAUGGACAAGCAUCCUUGAGUGGUCCUACACAGAAUGAACGAUAUACACAAACUAUACGUCAUUCCCCUUUGCUACUAAAAUAAGGAUGUUUAAACAAUGACUGUUUCUUGUAACUUCUAGAGAAAGGAUUUAUUGAUCUGAAACCUAAUUUUCAAUCACUGGAAUAUGCAAAUCUUCAUGAAGUUAAGAGCUUCUCCAUUGACCUACAUGCAUAUCCAGCACCAAAGGUCUUCUGGUUAAAAGACAACAGCACCCUAAGUGAUAAUCUGACAGAGAUUACAACAAGCACUGUAAGACUCCAGGAAACCAGGUACGCAAAAAGCACUUUUGUUUUAUUCCAUACAUGUCUGUCUCAGCUUUUCAGCCUUUAAAGGGAAAAAAAAUGAAUACCAGUAAAGGAGGAAGUUAUAACAGAACAUUCUGAUGAGUAAUACAUCUCAGAAAUAUUUAGACACAUGAAUUUAAUCACUAAAUAGGCAAAUGUUGUGUGGAACAAUUAAAGAGACACUAUAAGCACCAAAACAUCUUUAGAUUAAUUAAGCCGUUUUGGUGUAUAGAUCAUGCCCCUGAAGACUCCCUGCUCAAUUCUCUGCCAUUUGGGAGCUAAAUCACCUUUUCUAUGCAGCUGUAGUAACACCUCCUCUGGCUGAGACUCACACAUCCUACAUGCAAAAAGUUUUUUUUUUAAAUUGUGUUAUAACAUUUCAAGACUAUAGAUUCAAUAGAUAUGUUCAAACCUCAAAAGUACUUAUGUACAAAUGUUGUUUUAUUAUUUUAAUUAGCUUUAAAAUAAUUACGUAUACCAUAUAGCAUGCAUUCUCUUUAUCAGAAUAUUUCAAUUAUUAUCAUUUUUUAUUAUAAAUCAAAGUGGAUACAAUUGUCAUCUACUGUAGGUUCCAGAGUAAAUUGAAAUUAAUUCGUGCCAAAGAAGAGGACAGCGGCGUAUACACUCUUGUGGCCCAAAAUGAUGCUGAAACUAAACGUUAUUCCUUUGAAUUACAAAUAAAAGGUGACAACAUAUUAAUUAUCUCUCUCUCUCUCGCUUUCUUAUUUUAUUUUUUUAUGUUAAAUUAUAAUUAAACACAGAUUCAAUUAGGCAAACAUGCCAUUUAACAGCUAUCAGUUUGUUUCCAUUAAACCUGUAGCUUUAUUUAAUUAAUAUUUAUUACAACAACUACACUAUAUUCUUAUUACUAUAACCUAUGUGUUUCUCUGGUUGUAGCUACGAGCCCUAUUUUUGAAAACUAUUUUAGGCCACAUUGAAAAAUAUAUUUUCUUCAAUGUGUGAUGUCAAAGUAAAAAUUUCGUGCCCCUUUUUUUAUUUUUUAAUUCUGUUACAUACCUAAUUCAUAGUUUGCUUUUAUUUUUGUAGUUCCUGCAUUGAUCUUGCAGUUGUUUGAUGACCACAAUGGUUCUUCUAGUCACCAGACUGUUGGGUGUCGGGGCAAAGGUAUGCCUGUUCCGGAUGUGGAAUGGUUAGUUUGCAAGGACAUUAAGAGGUGAGAAAAUAAUACUUUUUGAGUCCCAAUGUGCUGUUAUACGCAACAUAAUAUGGUAGUAAUAAUGCAUAUCUUGUUCUUCCCAGAUGUAAUAAUGAUACCUUUUGGUCAACUCUGGUUCUUAAUGGAUCGGAAAUCAGCAUGGAGACUCAUGUAAUGGAAGAGAACUCAAUAGAAAGCAAAGUCACAUUCAAGAACAUAGAUGAGACACUGUCAAUCAGAUGUAUUGCAAGGAAUGACCUUGGUGUUGAUGCUAGAGAGAUGAAAUUAGUAGCACCCAGUAAGUAUUAAGUAAAACAUACGAUUUAAAUAGUUUUCAGGCAAAUCUUCUUGUUGACAAACCUUCCUCUUGAUUUGCAAACAAAGGAUGUGAUGCAUCAAUAGUGUCAAGUAUGCCAUAAAUUUGUGAUAAUAUUACAUGGGGAUAGAGAAUAAUUUCAGUACUGCAGUGGCAUGUUCUUUUUUGUCAUAGAAUCCAGCAAUUCAAUAUAUUAUACCAUCAGUUUAAAUUUUGUUAAUGAAGUAGAACUAACCUGUCAACAUUUCACAAUGUGCCCCUCACCCACCUCUCUGAAGCGUCUAUUUGGAACUUCAGAUGAUUUGCAGUUUUAACUAUAUUCAUUGCCCGAACAAAAAUGUGACCUUCCCUAGUGAUACAUUCCAAUAUAACUUUCUUUAUCAAAUUUGUUAAAAACAGGAAAUUUGAUCUAGGAGAUGGAUUGUCUGAUGCAUUUCACGCAAUAAUUUGUUGCUCUUUUCCCCUUAUUUCCAGUCUGCCAAUACUGGAUAUGUAAAUAUUGAAUUAGGUUUCCUGCCAGACAUUUCUGGUCCCUGGGUCUGUUAACUUUGGCAGAACAUAUAGUCAACAUUUUAAUAACUUCUGUCAAAAUUGUGAAAAGAUAGUUUCAUGAUUGUUUCUAAGUACAUAGAUAAAUAGAUGGGUAGAUUGUAUUGAGGAAAAUAAUACCGUUGUAAUUUAAUAACAAAAAAAUGCAAAUUUGCCUUACAUGUAAAAUAAAAAAAUAUAUAUUUUUUUGCCUCACAUCUAUCCAUCUUUCUUAUUUUAAAGGUUUUAUUUUUAGUUUUUUAAUUAGAAUAUCCUGUAAUGGUAUUUAAUUUUCUGUGUUAAAUAUUCUGAAAAUGUUUCCAUCCUUUUUCAGCCCUACGUUCAGAGCUAACAGUGGCGGCCGCAGUUCUUGUUCUGCUUGUUAUUGUCAUCAUAUCCCUCAUUGUUCUUGUCAUCCUAUGGAAACAGGUAUGAAAUAAUGCUAUGCUUGCUUUGUAUCCUUAUAUAUGGUUAUAAAUGUAAAGAGCCAUUUUAAAGCUUGUCUCUCCUUUUCAGAAACCAAGAUAUGAAAUUAGAUGGAGGGUCAUUGAGUCUAUCAGCCCAGAUGGCCAUGAGUAUAUCUAUGUCGACCCAAUGCAGCUACCUUACGAUUCACGGUGGGAGUUUCAAAGAGAUGGACUUGUUCUCGGUAAGAGAAGAAGAAUGAAAUAUUCAUACUUUGUAAUCAUCAAAUACUUGGACACAUUAUGACCUAUGUCAUUCAUGUACAGUGCCUGUUAAACUCUUCCUUGCCCCAAGCACUUGUACGAAUGAGAAUAAGCAUAAUCCCAAUUUUAAUAAAUAAGGUUAUCAAAUAGACAAUAGCAGGAAAUAUUAUUACUAUUGGUACUAUUUUGAAAGAUUAGUAGCUGUCACAAACUAUAAAGACAAGACGUCUAGCAUGUUUCACAGCUAUGCAGAUCACAUAGGUAUGUUUACUUUAUAGUAAAAAAUUGUGCAUGUCUUCUCUAUAACCCCAAUGUACUGCGAAAUGCUAUGCCUGAGGAUUGCUAUUGGGGUACCUCACACCUGUCUGUUAUGCCUCUAUGCACAGCAAAAAUACAAAAUUAAAAAUAAAAUUAAAAAAAAAACUAUACAGACAAGACAUUGUUACUAAUCAUAUGUGCAAAUUGUCUGUUUAUGUGAGCUUACAAUGAUCAUUGGUUAAAUUAAUAUUCAAUUUAAUGACGACACAAAUGUACCCAUUUUUAUAAUCUUAAGUGACUUAAGUAGACUUUCUACAAAUAAAUAAUACCAUUUGCCAGCAACUUAAUAUUUGCUAUGAUAUUUCUGUUAUUUUAUGAACACUGUGUUGGAGAAAGAAUCGUAUUAAGAGCACUUUGCAUAAUAAUAAUAAUAAUUUCAGAUUUAUUAGUUCUUAUUUUAGGUAAAUUAUGUUUUUGUUAUUUUGUCUGACAUUGUGUCACUACAACGUUUUGAAGAACAGGAACAAUCUAAACCUUAGCUAAAUGGGGGAGGAGGGCUGCCACUGUCCAUUAAAACAUUCAUUCCCAAUUGCCCUAUGGUGGUUUAGAAGAGAUUUUUCAAAAUUCCACUCUGGUAUGGUCAGGGAGUGAAUGGUCUGUACGUUAUAGUGCUUAGAACAUUCUCAUAAGAGCAGUCUCAUCAUACUAUCAGUCUGCUGCUUAGUGAUGAAUUUGCAGAUGGUGGUAGUGUUGUAGGGGAAGAUUUAUCAAGGUAAAAAGAGUCGCAAUUCUGGAGCAAAGUGUAAAUAAGGACUAAUCAGCAUGGAAACUAGUUGAAUGUUUCAUUUACCACUUUGCAUAAAUAAUAUUUAAUUUGAUACCUGUUGCCUAUAGUGUUGGAGCUGACAUUUUUGCAUGGAUAUAUUUGCAGCUAAUUUUCUACGAAAUGAUUCAUCGUUGACAUCACAUGACACUGGUGUCAGGAAGUCAGCACAAGUGUAGUUAUAUAGUAUGUUCGGUGAUUCUUAUAGAUGCUUGUUCCCCUAAUGUUAGAUCCAACCUAAAUCCAGUUUAAUACUAAUUAUUGGGGCACUCAUGUCUUGAGACUUACAAUGAAGGAUCUUAUUUUUCUGUGGUAUAAAUUUUACUGCAGAGCGAACAGGUCUAAAGAAUACUUUUUAAUGUGCAGGUCGAAUCCUCGGAUCUGGAGCAUUUGGUAAAGUAGUAGAAGGUACCGUCUACGGACUAAGCCGUUCCCAGCCAGUGAUGAAAGUAGCAGUAAAAAUGUUGAAACGUAAGUAGCUUUUGAUUAUGAUUAUCAAAUAACACUGUGGGACUGUAAACUUAUAGAUCGAUAACAUUUAGAUUUAAAUAUGCUUUUUGUGAUCUGUCUUUGUGGCUGGUUAUCUGUGAAUUACAGCGAGAUGACAUAUUGUCUCAUUGUUAAAUGAGAAAAAAUAUAUAUUUUCUCUUCUUUUUCUGUCAGAACCUUGUUUAAUAAUUUUUGCUAUUUCAUUCAAUAGCUACUGCUAGAUCAAGUGAAAAGCAAGCCCUCAUGUCUGAGCUGAAAAUAAUGACACAUCUUGGUGCACAUCUGAAUAUUGUGAACUUAUUGGGAGCAUGUACCAAAUCAGGUAUGUCAUCAAUGGUAUACCACCAUUAUUCUUUUUUAUUAUACUAUGUCCACAGUGUACAUUUUAAUAAUUAAUUUUUUUAUUUGCUCUACAAGGUCCAAUUUAUAUUAUUACGGAAUACUGCUUCUAUGGAGAUCUCGUGAAUUAUCUUCACAAGAACAGGGACAAUUUUCAGACUCGGCACCCAGACAAACCAAAGAAAGAUCUGGAUAUCUUUGGGUUGAACCCAGCUGAUGAAAGCACAAGAAGGUAUGGUCUCAAGCACAUUUUUUGCUUAUUAUAUUAUAAAAUUAUUCUCCAGAAAAUUAAAUCUUAGAGUCUGUUUAUUUUCAUAUUUUCUAUUUUUUUUUUCUGUGAUACGGAAAUGGCUUCCAAAAAGAGUGAUAUCCCAUUUGGUUAUUCCAGUUCUAUCUUUCAAUAUAAAUAUGUGCAAGAAUCAAAACUCAGCCCUGUGAUUAGAAAUUCACCUUUUGAGGGUGUGCUAUGAGUUGCAGUGGCAAAUAACUUUCAAGGCCUGGCUAGUAGCCUAGGACAAAAUUAAGCCCUGAAUAUGUGACCUAUACUAUCACUUUACUCUUUCCCCUCCCAUCUCUUUGAUGAUAUUAUUAUACACAGUAUUUGCAGGGUAAUUAAGAAUAUUUCAUUAUGUGUGUAUUUAUUUAUAUUCUAGCUAUGUCAUCUUAUCCUUUGAAAACAAUGGAGACUACAUGGACAUGAAACCUUCUGACACCACACAAUAUGUACCAAUGCUUGAGAUGAAGGAAGCCUCAAAGUAUUCUGAUAUUCAGAGAUCUUUAUAUGACCGCCCUGCAUCUUACAAGAAGAAGCCUAUGUCAGGUAAGGGAUAAGUUACAUGCAUUGAUAGAGCUAUUGUCUGCACUGCAGUAUAUGAUAUAGAUCGUAUUGUUCCAGCUUCAGUAGGUAAGAUAGAGCCAUACAAUGCGGAAGAAUGGAAAUUAAAAAUUAGCAGUGGGGCAGCUAGUACAGGUUGAUUCAUAUUACCAUUUUGGUUGGUUAUACCGGAUAGAGUUAUCCACCAUAAUCUUGAAACAGAUUAAGAUUUUGAGUGUGGAGGAGCUGUCAUUAGUGCACUGAUCUUUAUUAUAGAAUAAUAGAAUGCUAUACAAAGUGUGAUGUGUAUAAAAUAGUGGAUGAUAGAAAAGUGGUACAAGUGGAGGAAUCUUGUUUGCAACCAAGACCGUGUUCCCGCUUUUGUUAUCAGCAUCAAUGUCUCAAUGCUUUUGAAUUGAUUUAUGUUUCUAUUAUCCUAUAUGUUAGCCUCUAAAUCCAUAAAAGGUCCACAGAUCCAAACCAGUUGACUGGUUUAGUAAAAUUAUUACGUAUAUUCUUCUACUUUUUAAUUAGUACUCGAAUUGCUACAUUUGUCUGAGAAAAGACUGAUUUCACAGGAAUAAAUUGUUAUUUUUGUUUUCUGUUUUUCCUAUCAGAAGUGAAAAGCAUCUUGUCAGAUGAUGGCUGUGAGGGUCUCACUCUCCUGGAUUUGCUCAGUUUCACAUACCAAGUUGCCAGAGGAAUGGAUUUCUUAGCAUCUAAGAAUGUGAGUGCCAGAUAAAUAUUAUUCAUGAAGAGUUGAAUGUUUCCUGUGUGUCCUAUUAAGAGAUCACUUAAUUCUGUGUCUCGCUUCAGUGUGUACAUCGUGAUUUGGCAGCUCGAAAUGUUCUUCUGGCACAAGGGAAAAUUGUGAAGAUCUGCGACUUUGGCCUGGCAAGAGACAUCAUGCAUGAUUCCAACUACGUUUCAAAGGGCAGUGUAAGUACCAUCUCUGCCUUGCUGUUUAAUUUUGUGUUAUAUAUAGAGUUUAAAGAUUGUAAUUAUCAGGACCACUAGUUUUGUUGUGACCCAGUAACGUGUGUUAUGCAUCCAUUUCAAAGAACAUUACAUACCAUUUAUCUUGCACUUGCAAACCAUAAAUCAUUAUUGGGUUUCAGAAUGCUUUCCACCACCACACCCAGAGCAUCUGUUUGUGAUGAGUUCUCUUAAAACUAACCAGCAUUGGAAUGCUGUAUUUUUUGAGAUGUUAUAGUUAUGCGUCAGUCAUUCCUGCAAAACAUGGUAUUUUGUUGUUUUGUGCAGGGAUCCUGUGUUAUUUUUGAUGAUUUACUUAGUUAAACAUCCUCUAAAGUUUUAUGACAAAUACUCCUUUUUACAUUAAGUUGAUAUUGGACAACAGACAAUGUCGUUGACAGAAUGUGUUUCAGCUCAACUUUCAAAAAUAUGCCCGACAUUUUAUUCUGCCUGUUGCAUCUACAUAUCUUCCUUAAACCUCAAUUCAUUAGAAAAUAAAUAUGACAGUAUUAUUCACUAGUAUAAAUUGUUGUGAAUUCAAUGUGAAUUUCAAAUUUUAGAUCAAAACAGGCCAAUUAAAAAAUAGAUUUUUAGUCAGCUAUGUUUUUAUAUUGGCUGUUUUGUCUUAUAAUUUGAUAUUCCAGAAUCCAUUUGAAUUUCCCCCAAAUUCUAACACUUUAGUAAAUAGUUUAAUUUGAUUUCAAAGUACCCUGAAAAGUGUAACUUUUGUUAAUGUAAUCUGUAUGACAAACUGGCUGCACUAGCUGUUAAAGGUCAACUGAGCAGUUACAUUUUAGACAGCAGUUGUCCUCUCUGAUUGUUUGAAGUCCAAACAGCCUCAAAGAUCUAGAGUGUAAAAUCUGAAGAUAGAUUCCAGGGAAUAAACACGUUUUGUAAGGAUGUAAUUAAAGAAUCCUAUAUAAGUUGCAGAACAGCUAUGUAUUUAUCCUGCACUACAUUUACAAGUUUUAUCUUUUGCUACAGUGCAGAAAGUAAUAUUAAUUAUUUGUUUUUUUUCUGCAGACAUUUCUGCCUGUGAAAUGGAUGGCACCAGAGAGCAUAUUUGAUAACCUAUACACAACUUUGAGUGAUGUGUGGUCUUUCGGCAUCUUGCUUUGGGAAAUCUUCUCUCUUGGUGUGUAUAUAGAAUUACACAAUAUCAAAUCAGUAUUGAACUAUCUGUCUGUACAAAAUGUGUUCAGAUUUGACAAUAAAGUCUAAGAAAGCAGCAUUUAGACACAUUUCUGUUCUGUCUUAUACAUGUCCAUGUUUCUUUAAUAUUUUCCUAUACCAACAGAAUUAUUUGGUGCUGAAUUUAAACUUUUUAAAAGAGGCUACAACUAUAGAGGCCUUAACAUUACUAUACAAAAAAAGUUUCACCGAUAAUAAAAUGGGUGCUCUAAGCACCAUACGUACUGCAGCUCGUUGUAGUGAAUAUGGGGCAAUAUUUGGAUACCAUCCCCCUGUGUAUUUUGUCAUUCUAGAGCAUUCUUGAAAACUGGGGCUCUUCUGGCUCCUGAAACAUGGCCCAUACUCUUCUUCAAAUAAUGCAGAAUUCUCUCUUCCACAUUAUCUAUCCAAUUUCUGACAGCAAUAUGUUGAAUGAGAUCACACUUAGCAUAAUAAAGUCUGUGUCCAGUGAAUCAUAUUGCAUGGGCAGUGUAUAAUGUUAUAGUAUAACAGUAUGGAUAAUGUUCUUAUAGAAUGUAUUAUUGUGUUUUUAGGGGGCACACCAUAUCCAGGCAUGAUAGUGGACUCCACCUUUUAUAACAAGAUAAAAAGUGGCUACAGAAUGACAAAGCCUGAUCAUGCUACACAUGAAGUGUGAGUAAAAAAGUGUUUAAAAGUUUAAUAUAAUUACUAACCAGACCAAAACUGCAACGUGAAAAUAACAUUCACUGAAAGGUCCCUUUUGAAUGCACCUUUGCAAUAAAUAUUUAUACAUAUGUGUCUAUGUGUUUACUAUACUAACAAUUAAACCGUGAGGAUGUUGAGCUAUGAGCUUCUACCCACCUACAGACAUUAUUCAGAUCUCCUCACGGCAGAAAGAUUUCUGAAAGGACCUAGUAAUAAUGCAAUGAAAGUUAUGUCACAAUAAUCUGGAACAUGGUAUACGCUAGACUGAUGUCCAUGUGUGGCCAACGAUACCAAUGAUACUCUUCCAUUGUGUCAUUAUAUCAUCUAAUAACCUGUCACAAGAAUUGUACACGGAAUAAGAGGCAUAAUAAUGACAAAUUAAUUUACACUAACUUUUCUCACUGUUAAUCUAUAGGUAUGACAUCAUGGUCAAAUGCUGGAAUAGUGAACCAGAGAAAAGACCUUCAUUUGGUCACUUGAGCGAUAUUGUCGAAAGCCUUCUACCUGGAGAAUACAAAAAGGUACCCACACUCUUUAUGUUUAUAAGUCGACUUCUCUUAAUGUAACAUGCAUACAGUUAGUUGCUAUGUAAGCUAUUAAUGUUAGUAGUUAAUAAUAAUAAUCUUCAAUAUUAUUCACUUAAACUGAUAAAAUACAUUUAAAAAAACUAUUUGAUAGCAGUGCAGAUGUCCUUCUUUUAAGAACUCUUUCUAUAUGUCUUCCAUUUGUUUACAAUUAUAUCACUGAGCCACAGUCCAUCUAUAUUACACGUUUAACAAUGUUUAGGCAAUAAAAAAGUUAGAAAUGGUUCUUGAGUCUUUAUACAAGAAUCAAGUGAACCAGAUGUUUAUCUAUCUUUCUGGUUAAACAAAUCUAGAUUUGUCAACUUAAGUAUUAAAAUUAGCUUGAGACUCUAGGUGUAAUGGGCCCCUCUUCACAUUUGUUCCAAAAUGUUCAUUGAAUAGCUGAAUGUUAUAGAAGUAUCACACACAGUAAAGGGGGACAAAGUUGUGAAAGUUGAUAUAUCACCAUGGGACGUAGUAGAAUGUUCCUGAUGAUUCCUCUGGUUUCUGGUUCUCACACUAGAUAAGAGAUUUAUCAAGUUUAAUCACUCUCUAUUCUGGGUCAAGGUGCUCAAUGCCCAAAUACAUCCUGUUUUCCAUGGGAUUAGUCCUUAUUUUGUAAUUUGCUCCAGACUAGUGCCUGUAUUUUGUCUUUGUACAUCACCCACAUUAUGUACGAUUUGCGUCAAUUGAUCCCACAUUAAUUGUUUUCCAUUAGGGAGUUUUGGGCUGCCAGGGAUCCUCAUUCAGUGUUAAAAUUUUCAAAAAGCGUUUAACACUUAAUGGAAAAACAACGACAGGGGACUCCAGGCACUGUAACUAAUUCAAUGAGAUGAAAUGGUUAUAGUGCCUAUGGUGUUGCUUUAAAAACCUAGCCAAAAUUAUGGCAAAUAUUGAACAAGUCAGGAAAUACUAGGAAAGUUGAAGCCAGGUAUUCUUGAGUGUUACUUGACAUAAGCCUGACUACGACAGAGGUUUAUGUACCUAAACAAACACUCAUGUCCUCUGUAAUACUCCUGAGUGAUAAUAAUUCUAAAAAUAAUAAUAAUUAAACCACAUAUUUACAAAACAGAUUAUUGGUUUCUAGACAGGAUAAUUUUGCUUAGAAAUUACUAUGUAUUUUAGUUACAAUAAUAAUAACAAAUCAGCUGUAGGUACUGUUGAAAGAAAGUCUAUGGAUAAUGAAACCAAACUGGAAAAAACAUUGGUUUCAAACUGUAAACAAUGACAACUCUUGCUUUUUUUCUUGAAUCUGCAGUGUUACGAAAAAAUUCUUCAUGAUUUCCUUAAAAGCGACCAUCCAGCAGUUACUCGCAUGAGAAGUGACAGUGACAACUCAUACAUCGGGGUGACUUACAAGAAUGAACAUAAAAUGAAAGACAGGGAAAGUGGGUUUGAUGAACAACGGCUUAGUGCCGACAGUGGUUACAUUAUUCCCCUGCCGGACAUUGACCCCGUGUCAGAGGAUGAAUCAGGGAAAAGAAACAGACACAGGUAAGCAGACAUAGCAUAUGAGAGUUUACCACAGCACUUCAGAUGUUCGGAAACAACAUUUCCCAUGAUGCAUAGCCAGCAUUAAGUACAACUUAGCAUCAUGGGAAAUGUAGACUGCAAGGCAAUUGACCGUUCUAUGCAGUUAGAUGUACAUCAGGGUAGACAACAUUUGGCACUCCAAAUGACUACAUUUCCCCUAAUGCCAGCAUUACAGCUAUAAGUACAUUAUGGGACAUGUAGUUCACACAUGUGGAGUACUGAAGGUUGCCCACCCCUGUAGAUAAACACAGUUUAUUCCUCUUGUCAAGCAUGAUCUCUGCCCUAUCCUACAAGUACAAGGGUCAAAAGAAAAAUGCUAAAUUAAAUGAUUAAAUAUUAAAUAUAUAUUAAAUCCCGAUAGUAUUGCAUUUCCCUGAAUGGAAUAAAAUGAAAAAAAUCUCAAAAGCAACUAUAAGCCAUUGAAAUGUGACGCACAGUAAUAUUUAUGCUAUGACAAUUACAUGCAAUUUAGCAAUAGAAACAAAUAAAUGAAUGCUAAUUAAUUAUAAACUGGCAGAAUAGUUAAUAAAUGUACCUAUAUUUUCUCUCCAGUUCACAAACGUCUGACGAGAGUGCAAUUGAGACUGGCUCCAGCAGUUCCACAUUCAUCAAGAGAGAGGACGAGACGAUUGAAGAUAUAGAAAUGAUGGACGACAUUGGGAUCGAUCCGUCAGAUCUGGUGGAAGAUAGUUUCCUGUGAUUCUUUUUUUGAUGAAUCCGUUUCAGAGAUCAAACCAUGAAUUUAAGAGAGAAAGACUGUGAAGUCCAGGGAAUUCUAAUAUUCUUUUUUUUUUUCAUUUGGAAAACCACUUUAUUGCGUCGGACAAUGUGAGGCGGUGAAUUGUUUGCCUCAACAACCACAUGGUACUUGUUAUGACUUCAUAAGUACUCACAGCAUAUUUGUCAACUGGAAUUAAUGGUUGUUGCAAAGACCAAUGAUUUCUAAGCACAUCUUUGAACAAGCGGUACAUCUUUGCAUCUCAUCGUAUGUUUGUGUUUCCUUUCAAUUACAUGGACAAAUAUCAAAACAGUAGCAAUGUUUUUCAAGGGCAUUCAUAGCAACGAGGAACCGAAAUCAAAUGACUGUUGAAUUUCAUUAUUGUAUUUUUGUAAAUAAAGAAGAAAAGAUGUAAACAUAUUAUAUGGACUAACAGAAGAGACCACUCAUCGGUCCUGUGUACUUCGUACAUCAGCUGCUUUGUUAUAACUGUCAAAAGUCUUUUAAACCACUUUGGAAACUAUUAAGACUGAAAGAAAGUGCAGAACUUUUUUUUUUUUUUUUAUGAUCAAAAAGUAUUAAGCAAGAGCAUUGCAAAUAACAGAUUGUGGGUCUAUGAACUUGUUGUAGUAUCCCUUUUGUAAAAGUAUUAACAUGAAUACUAAAAUGAAUUUUUGAUAACCCAUUGUAAUUGGUUGGUAGUUUAAUUGCAUUUAACAAUCAAAUGAAUUUGGAAGAUUUUAUAAACUAACAAGGAUUAUUAGCAUAUAUUUCUAUGGAUUAGAAUUUUUAAUAAGAGCAUAGAAUUUAGCUAAUGUCAGUUAGAAAUGUGUUGUUAUAGAAUUUACUGACCACUAUAGGGUUUAGAUAACAAUGGGAUUGUAAGGUACAGUGUGCUUUUUUUCUGUUACAGUAAAUACUCACUAUUUUUACAAUGAAAAAAAAAUACAUCUAAACGAAUAGUCAGUGUUUUGUAAAUGACAAGUCACACCUCAGCCUAGUGAAAACUAAUUUUAAAAGCAAUUUUGCAGAAGUGGUUAUUUACGAAAAAUGGGUUUUAAAGGAGAUUGUAAUCUGUUAAGGCGUCACAAUCAGAAAAGUGGUACAAAGUUGUAAUAGUGAAAUAGCCUCCGAUGGUUCGAAUUUCUUCCAGAGUGAAUACACCACUUUUAGAACUUACAUCACUUUUAAUAUGAUACAUUGAUAAAUCUCCCUCAUUGUGUUUACUGAAAAAUACUCUGUGCUUAAAUAACAGAUAGUAACAACACCACACCCUGGGUUACUAAGACAUUCUAUAUGAGUCUGUAUUAACCCAUUAGGUGGUAGAAUAGUAAGGUAACAUGCUGCAAAGCGUUGCAGAGCAAGACAAUGUGUUGCACGCAACUCUGACAGUUAAAUGGUUAAUGGUAAUCUGAUGACCAAGUGGUUCUCGUGUAAUGCACGAGUAAUUAUAUAUGAAAAGUAUUUAGUUGCAGACUGUUACUUCUUUGAAUUCUAAAAAGAAUGCCUGUUUAAAAGCAAAAAUAACAUAAAAUUACAUUUUUAUUUUUAUACAUUUAUUAAAAUAUUUUUGCUAAUUUCAGUAUUAAUCAUACAGACAGACAAUAUCUUCUUUAACUCAUUCCAAAUGUUAUUCAAACUAAACUGGAAGAAUUGUUCAGCAAUAAUAACAAUGUUGGACUAUGGACCAAAUAAUGUAUUUUAUUAAAAAAAAAUGUAUUUACAUCUACAGCACAAUUUUAAUGCAAGUGUAUAAUAAUUGUUUUACAUUUCUUGUGAAUAUAAAUCAAAUUUCCUGUUUAACAGCAAAAAACUGCCAAUUUCUCUGUCAUCUCUAAGAUUCAGUCUGAUGUUGACGUGCUCCGUAGCACCACUUUGUUUCUAAACAGUGCGUAUACAUACUUUAUUCAAUGAGGUCUGUAUCAAAUAGUCCUGUAUCUGAUGAAGGACGUAAGCUAUGAUGAUGUUAUACAUCAAUUUGUAUAUUUUUUUAUUACAAUAUAGUCCUUAAAUACUGCCAGACAAUUAUGUUAAGCUGUAUCACUGCCUUUGUUUAUAUUUGUUUUGACUGUGAUGUACUCCACAGAUGCGUUAACUGUUGCACUUUUAAAUGUUCAAAAUUAUAUUUUAGAAUAAUAAAAAAAAACUCAUGUUUGGAGUAACAAAGCUGUGAGUGUGAUAACAUAAAUCAUCACUAGCAUAUCUCAUUUUUGUUCACGAUGCUCAUUUUUGUAAAUAUUUUAUUAUAUCUUUUCAUGUAACAACACUAAAUAAAUG